AUGGAUUCGGACCCUCCUGCAACGGAGUCCUUGUCCGAACUAGGGGGUAUUCGCGGUCUCAUGGCUGGCAGUAUGUCGUCACAACCGCGUCAGGACGUCGAUGGUCAUCCGCCUCCUCCAGUCACUCAGCUCAGCGAGCAGGAAACUGCAUCUGCAGGAUACUGGUAUGCAAAAUCUCAAGUUCUGGAGCUUCAUCACUUGAACGGAUUUCCAGUUUUCCAAACGGAAGUGACCCAUUUUAUGACAUUAAGUUUCAAUUUUUUUUAUUUUCGCGUUCUUCCAGACUGA